AUGGAGAGGGCAAACACCUCCGUCGUCCUGGCCGAGCGCCCUGUCGGCAACAUAGUCCCGGGCAAGACCUUUGCCAAGAAGAUCCAGCCGGCCCCGACUGAGGCCGACCUGAAGGAUGGCCAGAUCCUCGCCGAGACGCUGUACCUCAGUCUCGACCCCGCCAUGAGGGGGUGGCUGAAUGACACUCGCUCCUACCUCCCGCCCGUCCAGAUCGGCGAGGUGAUGCGGAGCGGCGGCCUGGUGCGCGUGCUGGCGUCCAAGUCGCCCAAGGCCAAGGAGGGCGACGUCGUCUUCGGCUUCUCGGGCUGGCAGGAGGUGUGCGUCAUGCCCGACGCCGGGCCGGGCGCCUUCGAUGCCCCCUUCGACCUCCCGUCCUCGGCCAAGCUGACGGACCUGCUCGGGGUGCUGGGCAUGACGGGCCUGACGGCCUACUUUGGCGUCACCAAGAUCGCAAACAUCAAGCCGGGCGACACGGUCGUCGUGUCGGGCGCCGCGGGCGCCACGGGCUCCGUGGUCGGCCAGAUGGCCAAGAACAUCUUUGGCGCGCGCGUCGUCGGGCUGGCCGGCGGGGCCGACAAGUGCCGCUGGCUCAAGGAGGAGCUGGGCUUCGACGAGGCCGUCGACUACAAGGCGGCCGACUUCAAGGAGAAGUUCGCCGCCGCGACGCCCAAGUUCAUCGACGUCUACUGGGACAACGUCGGCGGCGACAUCCUCGAGAUGUGCCUGGCGCGCGCCAACAAGUUUGCGCGCUUCGUCAUGUGCGGCGCCAUCAGCCAGUACAACUCGACCGAGGUCAAGGGCAUCAAGAACCUGACCAUGGUCAUCGCCAUGUCCAUCCGCAUGGAGAGCUUCAUUGUGCUCAACUACCCGACCGAGAUCCCCAAGGCGCGCCAGGAACUCGCGGGCUGGCUGGCCGAGGGCAAGAUCAAGCGGCAGGAGACGGUCGUCAAGGGCGGCCUGGACAAGGUCGAGCAGGCCCUGCUGGACCUGUUCAACGGUGCCAACACGGGCAAGAUGCUGGUCGAGGUCAAGGGCGGCGAGGGGGGCGCGAAGCUGUAG